CUCCCGCCGCCCUCCCGCGCGCCCCGGUAAAGUCUCGCGGUGCUGCCGGGCGCAGCCCCGUCUCCUCCUCUGCUCCCGCGGCCGGCGGCCGUGACUGUGCAGCGACGUGGGCUCGGCUGCGGCGCCAGCAUGGCCACCACCGCCACCUGCACCCGCUUCACCGACGACUACCAGCUCUUCGAGGAGCUCGGCAAGGGUGCUUUCUCUGUGGUCCGCAGGUGUGUGAAGAAAACCUCCACCCAGGAAUAUGCAGCGAAAAUCAUCAAUACCAAGAAGUUGUCUGCCCGGGAUCACCAGAAGCUAGAACGUGAGGCCCGGAUAUGCCGACUUCUGAAACAUCCCAACAUUGUGCGUCUCCAUGACAGUAUUUCUGAAGAAGGGUUUCACUACCUCGUGUUUGACCUGGUAACUGGCGGGGAGCUGUUCGAAGACAUCGUGGCCAGAGAGUACUACAGCGAGGCCGAUGCCAGCCACUGUAUACAUCAGAUUCUGGAGAGUGUUAACCACAUCCACCAGCAUGACAUCGUCCACCGGGACCUCAAGCCCGAGAACCUGCUGCUGGCAAGUAAAUGCAAGGGUGCUGCUGUCAAACUGGCUGACUUCGGCCUGGCCAUUGAAGUGCAGGGAGAGCAACAGGCUUGGUUUGGCUUUGCUGGCACCCCAGGUUACUUGUCCCCCGAGGUCUUGAGGAAAGAUCCCUAUGGAAAACCUGUGGAUAUCUGGGCCUGCGGGGUCAUCCUGUACAUCCUUCUCGUGGGUUACCCCCCCUUCUGGGAUGAGGAUCAGCACAAGCUCUACCAGCAGAUCAAGGCCGGAGCCUAUGAUUUCCCGUCCCCCGAGUGGGACACGGUGACUCCGGAAGCCAAGAACUUGAUCAAUCAGAUGCUGACCAUCAACCCUGCCAAGCGCAUCACCGCCGACCAGGCUCUCAAGCACCCUUGGGUCUGCCAACGGUCCACAGUGGCGUCCAUGAUGCACCGCCAGGAGACGGUGGAGUGCCUGCGCAAGUUCAACGCGCGGAGAAAACUGAAGGGUGCCAUCCUCACCACCAUGCUCGUCUCCAGGAACUUCUCAGUUGGCAGGCAGAGCUCCGCCCCCGCCUCGCCUGCCGCGAGCGCCGCCGGCCUGGCCGGGCAAGCUGCCAAAAGCCUAUUGAAUAAGAAGUCCGAUGGUGGCGUCAAGAAAAGGAAGUCGAGUUCCAGCGUGCACCUAAUGCCACAGAGCAACAACAAAAACAGUCUCGUAAGCCCAGUCCAAGAGCCCGCGCCCUUGCAGACGGCCAUGGAACCCCAAACCACAGUGGUCCACAAUGCUACAGACGGAAUCAAGGGCUCCACAGAGAGCUGCAAUGCCACCACGGAGGACGAGGACCUCAAAGCUGCCCCGCUCCGCACUGGGAAUAGCAGCUCGGUGCCCGAAGGACGGAGCUCCCGGGACAGGACAGCCCCUUCCGCAGGCAUGCAGCCCCAGCCUUCUCUCUGCUCCUCAGCCAUGCGCAAACAGGAGAUCAUUAAGAUCACAGAGCAGCUGAUCGAGGCCAUCAACAACGGGGACUUUGAGGCCUACACGAAGAUUUGUGAUCCAGGCCUCACUUCUUUUGAGCCCGAGGCUCUUGGUAACCUCGUGGAGGGGAUGGAUUUCCAUAAGUUUUACUUUGAGAAUCUUCUGUCCAAGAACAGCAAGCCCAUCCACACCACCAUCCUGAACCCACACGUCCACGUGAUCGGGGAGGAAGCAGCUUGCAUCGCCUAUAUACGCCUCACCCAGUACAUCGAUGGGCAGGGCCGGCCUCGAACCAGCCAAUCAGAGGAGACUCGGGUCUGGCAUCGCCGGGACGGCAAGUGGCUCAAUGUCCACUAUCACUGCUCAGGGGCCCCUGCCGCACCGCUGCAGUGAGCUCAGCCACAGGGACAUUAGGAGAUCCCAGCUGGAGGUCGAACCUUCGCAGCCAGUGGCUCUGGAGGGCCUGAGUGUCAGCGGCAGUCCUGUUCGUUUGAGGUUUAAACAAUUAAAUUACAAAGCGGCAGCAGCCAAUGCACGCCCCUGCAUGCAGCCCUCCCGCCCGCCCUUCAUGUCUGUCUCUGCUGUACCGAGGUGUUUUUUACAUUUAAGAAAAAACAAAAAAAAAGAAAAAAUUGUUUUAAAAAAAAAAGGAACCCAUACCAUGAGGUGUUCUGAAACCACCAUCUAGCCGUUGGGCUGGCAAGAAGGCAGGAGUUGGUAUGACGCCCAUCCUGGCAAACGCAGCGGGCUCACCCCCAAGCCCUGAAGAGGUGAGCUCGGCCUCUGGCCUCCACAGACACAGGGGGACCAGGCAAGGACUCUGACAGAGCUUUGGGGGCCGUGACGAGAUGGCAGUCCCUCAAGUGGCCUGCCCGCCUCUGCCCGGGAAUGGACUUCUUCAGAAUGUGUGGAGGCGAGCAGGAGGCCCGUGAACACAGCGGGGCCAUCAGACCUACUUGGAGAGGUUGCAGUGUUCCCAGGCUGCCGCCGAGGCAGCUGAGAUGCCAUGGCCUCAGGACCGAGGGGCCAGUCGUGGCCGUACUGUUGGUGUAGUGUAGAGGGAAGAGAAUUGGUGCUGCAGAAGCGUGUCCGCUACCAAGCCGAUGAGAAACCUCGUGUUAGUCUGACAUGCACUCACUUACUCAUCCAUGUUUAUAGGAUGCACCGUGCACCCUGCUAGGGAGGCCCGUCCCUGCCGCUGGGAGGGGGAGGGGUUGCUGCUUUUGCUUCCUGUUCGUUUUCUUAACAACUUAGCAAGGAGAGAGCCUGUUCAGGGCCCGCCUUGCUGCCUUUGGCAGUUCUCUUUCUGUGCUGAUUUGGACCAUCUUUGUCUUGCCUUUCGUGGUGGUGGUCCCUGUGCUGAUCCUCCUCUGGGUCUCCGUGCUCUGCCAAGUGCCCCGUGGGAAGGGAGGAGCGAGGAGGUCCCAGAGUCCGUGGUUGUUUCUAUGCACUGGGGCAGCCCUCAGGGCGGCCUCCCUUCCGUCCUCUUCCCUUGCGCACUCGUCCAUCUCUUUUCCUGUCUGAGAAUGAUCUGACGGCUCGAGCAAGAAGAGAAGGUCUCCUCUGACAAACUGCAGUAUAGCGUUAACUGCUGGACAAUCUGCAUGGGCGUCACCCCCUCUCACCUGCAUGUACCCAAAAGAGGUGUCCAGAGCCAAGGCUCCUACAGUUUCUGUCCUCUCUCUGCUAAGGAGUUUCAUUCCAGGAGGGAAAGAUCUGUGCUCUGAGCAGAUAGCAGAAAACAAUCCCAGAGGAGCAAUUGUUAUGGCCUUGAUUCCCCUCUCCCCCCGCCCCCCAAACAACUGUGCAGAUCUGUCUGCACAAGUGUCUGCACUCUUGGGGAGGAAGCGGUUAGAUCUCAGCUCCCUGGACUACCUUCAAGGAGAUACAGGAGCUGGGAGAAGAGGCAAAGCUACCGUUGUGCUUGGAACCAGCCGAGAAGAGAGCAGACUCACAGGUGCUGGUGCUUGGAUUUAGCCAGGCUCCUCCGAGCGCCUCAUGCAUGCCCCGGCCCCUGAGCCCUUGCCCCUUUCUGCCCUGCAGCCUGUAGUACCAGCACGCAGACACCUUCACCACCAGGUUGGUUUUGCUGGCUUGAAGACAAAUGGUCUUAGAGUUCAUUAAGACCCAUAGCUUCAUAUGGCUGCCCCAGCCCCACUUCUUAGCAUUCUUAUUCCUCUUCUGGGGCUAAUGUCAGCAUCUAUAGACAAUAGACUAUUUAAAAAAAAAAUCACCUUUUAAACAGGAAAUGGAAGGCAUUUGAUGCAGAAUUUUUGCAUGAUGACAUAGAAAUAAUUUAAAAAUAAUUAGUGUUUGUUCUGAAUGUUGGUAGAUCCUUCAUAGCUUUGUUACAAUGAAACCUUGAACUGAAGAUAUUUAAUAAAAUAACCUUUAAACAGUC